AUGCAAAUUCGUAUUUUUCUUGGUAGUCUGGCUAGUUUUACCUGGAUAAGUAUGGUUUUUGGAGCCCCGGUUAGCCAAAGAAAUGCCGAACGUAGCACUCCAGAUACCCAUGCAACGCCCGUUCUACACAUAAGCCCCAGUGAUUUAUUAGCGUUUCAGAACUCCCGUGGAAUAUCAGUUGAAUACCAACUACCCGAAAGCGGACUUCUGGACAGAGAAGAGGAAGAAGAAGAAGUGGAUGAUGGAGAGGAAGAUAUUUAA